GGAGUGUAGUUGUUAUUCUGACUGUAGCGGAACCUUUGUCAAGUCCACUACUUGACACAGUCGGUAGGAUUUCCUCGUAGAACCACGCUCACUUCCGGUUGUCAUUCAGCGCCGCUCCAGGUUCUGCUGCUUCCUAAUUUUUGUCUGAGGACUUCAUUUCAUCACCAGUCAUCAUGACCCUGUUUCACUUUGGAAAUUGCUUCGCUUUGGCGUAUUUCCCCUAUUUCAUAACAUACAAGUGCAGUGGACUUUCCGAGUACAAUGCUUUCUGGAGAUGUGUCCAGGCAGGCGCCACAUACCUGUUUGUCCAGCUCUGCAAAAUGCUGUUUCUUGCUACUUUUUUCCCCACCUGGGAAGGAGGAGCUGGUGUUUAUGAUUUUGUAGGGGAGUUUAUGAAGGCUACGGUGGACCUUGCAGACCUGUUGGGCCUUCAUCUUGUCAUGUCACGUAACGCUGGCAAAGGAGAGUACAAAAUCAUGGUGGCAGCUAUGGGCUGGGCAACAGCAGAACUCGUCAUGUCAAGAUGUCUUCCUCUGUGGGUGGGAGCCAGAGGGAUUGAAUUUGACUGGAAAUAUAUCCAAAUGAGCUUUGAUUCCAAUAUUAGUUUAGUCCAUUAUAUUGCCACGGCAGCAGUAGUGUGGAUGUUUACGCGCUAUGAUCUUCCUAAGAGCUUCAGGCUGCCUGUUACUGUUCUGUUGGCACUCUGUGUCUACAAGUCUUUCCUAAUGGAGUUGUUCAUCCAUGCCUUCUUGCUGGGCAGCUGGACUGUGUUGUUGGUGAAAGCUGUGCUGACUGGUGCCAUCUCUCUAUGCUCACUUUUUCUUUUUGUCACCCUGGUGCACAGUAACUAAAUCCAAUCCAAUCUCUCUUUACCUUAUCACUGUUUGUAUUAACUGGUUCUACAUCCAAACCACCGGCUGAUAAACUAAAGGUAAAAGGUUUUUUACCCAUAAUUGUUGUUUUGUUGGACUUGAACUGGAAAUGAUUCUCAAAGUGACAUCCACGGUGAUCUUUUCUAAGACACAACUGGUUAUGUGAAAAGGUGGAUUUUGUAUUAUGAUCAUAAAUUAAGUCAAAAAAGUAACAUUUUCUUGAUGUUAUUUUAUGUACAUGGUUGGCUCAGUACAAAAUUUUACCUUGAUGUAAUUAGGACACAAACUAAGUUCUAAGUUGAACCAUUUCCUGAUUAUGUAUGAGUGUCGACUGCAAAACAAAUCCAAACCCACAUGAACAUGGCAUUGUCGUUUCUGAAACCAGUAGUGGCUUAAAUGUCUCUACACGGUGCAAAUACUGUAUGUGGUUAAAGGAUUUAAAAACAAUCUAACAAAAAUACAUGUUUUUAUUGUCAUUUGCCAGCCUCCCUCACCAUAUGCAGAUCACACGCUUUGCAUAGGGUCCCGUGAUUCGUUGGGUCAAUUAAUGAAUGACAGGUAGCUUCAUUGUACUGCAAACGUCGCUGAUAAGAAAGACAUGCAUCGAUUUAGUCAAGUCUGAGUAUAAAAAUCCAUCCAUCCAUCCAUUUUCUACCGCGUGUCCCUUUUGGGGCCGAAGGGGGUGCUGGAGCCUAUCUCAGCUGCAUUCGUUUAACAUAAAUAAAUAAAAAAAUUGAAAAAGUGUUGUAAUGAGGGUGGGGGACCUCCAAAUAAGAUUUUGCUUAUUGCCAACAAUUUAGCCAGGAGCGGCCGUUCUCCACAAGUCCGGAAAACGGAACAACCUUCCAUAUGCUUUCAUGCUUCCAUUUUAUAAGUUAAGUAGAUUCUAGAAGCUCCACCACCACUUAAGGUUUAAGCGACUGUAUGUACAGUUGGGGUGUGCCAUCUUAGGCACCUCACGAUUCGAUUCAGGGUGCUACAAUUUGAUUAUUAAACAAUUAUUAUGAUUGAUGAUGCAUCUUUUUUCCCAUCCACAAUUUUUUUAAUGGUAUUUUCCGUAUAUUUGUCAGCAUUGAUUAAAGUAAACAAAUGUCAGACAGCACCAUCUAACAUAUUUCCCACUAAAAAGCUUCUCUUUUUACAUAAUUUGGCUUUAAAAAAAUAAGACCAAAAUGCUCUGCUGUUUUCACAGAUGUCAGUACUAGCAGGUUCAAUGCAAAACAAAAAUCAUCCCACUUAAUCAGAACUAAUAAGGACUUUCAAACUAAAUAUUUUACCAAAAAAAAUUAAAUCUUCAAUUUAUUGUACAUAGUUCUGCAGGUUUAAUAUUGUAGCGACAUGUCGGUUAUUAUGUGUAGUCUGACUGUUUCUGUGGCCAUGAAUGUGUCAGUAGCUCAGCUCUGUGUUGGUUUGAGUGAUAGAAGAUGAUUGAAUGUUGAGAAAAAAGUUAGUUUUUGUUUUGUUUUGCAGUAGCCAGUUUUGCAAUAAAGUGAUUGUUGAUCAA